UGCAUACAAAAGUUCGACGGGAGCAAAAGUAAUUAUUAAUUUAAUCCAAAGCCAAUUCGACUCCAAUUGGCGGUCUGCUGGUUGUUUCGUAUGCCCCGAAAGUGUUGAGUUUGCUGAUUGAGUGAAUAGCGGCAGCAAGAGCGGCGCUGUCGUCCAAUUUAAGUCGCCGUCUUCUUCGUCAGUGUUUGUUGUCGUCGCCUCGUUCGUCCUUGAUUUCAUUUCGUCCUCGUACAACAAGAACAACAAGAACAACCAGGAUCACCGCAACACGCAGUUUCCAAAUGCUUUAAACCGAUUCGGCAAACCUCUAAGGCAAAAAUGUAUACAUAUAUAUAGAAAUAACAACAACUAAAAUAAUAAAAAAAAAUUAUAAAAAGACAAGCAGCGAAUCAAGAAGCGAAAACACCAAACAAACAAGGAAAUACAACCCAAAGUCACUGGAGGCUCGCAAAAUUUUUUACAAAUUUGCAAUACAUUUUAAGUGAGAGAGAGAGAGAGAAAAGGAGGAGGAAAAGUGGUUUGCGUGUGUUCGUCGUCUCAGGAUCUCUUUUUUCCCAACCCCCCUCCCGCCGGAGAAACGAACUGUUGUUGGACUUUUUCCGCGGCGAGAGGAGAAACCCCCAUUGGAAUGGCUCUCUUGGGAGAGCGGCAGGACAUUAGGGAGCACCAGCAGUAGGAUCAGCAGUGAACAGGAAGGAGCCAGGAGUUAGGAGCUAGGAGCCAACAGGGGAGGAUCAGGAUCAGGCAAUAGGAAGCAGGAUAAGGGAAGCUGGAUAUUGGCAGCAGGAUAAGGAAAGCUGGAUAUUGGAAGCAAGACAAAGAAAGCUGGACACUGGAAGCAGGACAAAGGACAAAGGAAGCUGGAUACUGGAAACAGGAUAUAUAGGAAACCGGAAAUACAGCCCAGGCAAUAAUAGGAAUCAUUUGAAUCGCAAGUCGAGCACUUAAUAAACCCAGGAAGCGCCAGAAAAAGCUCAGGAUCAUGAAUACCUUGGAGGAGCCAGUCCUGGCGGUGGACACGGUCGAUCCGUGUUCGCCGGGGCCUCCCAGCCUAAAGACCGUUCUCAGCGACGAUGCCUCGAACUCAUCGGUGCUGGAGGACAUCGAUGUGAGCAAUACGAGCAGCAGCAGCUCCAGCUCGAGCAGCUCCAGCUCCAGCUCGGGAUCCUGCUCGGGAUCGGGCACGGACACGGACACCGGCAAGGGCAGCAGCACGGUCGGCAGUCUCGAUGUGACCAGCUCCUCGAGCAUCGGAUCGGCGGCCUCCAUCUCAUCGACGGGCUCCACGGCCAUCGCCGGACCCACCGGCUGCCUGCUGGACGACUCGAACUCAUCGGGCCUGGGCCUGGUGGUGGAUGUGGAUAGUGCCGGUAGCAGCCAGGAGCUGAGCAGCCACGGCGUCACCGAGCUGGACUCGCUGGAGGACUCGUGCAACGGCCUUAUGAUCAAGGAUGGGGACAAGCUAUGCAAGCUGUGCAGCUCACGCCUCGUGAUGCCGCGCAUCCUGUCCUGUCUGCACGUCUUCUGUGAGGACUGCCUGCAGGCUGUGGUGUCGAAGGACUCGAUGGCGGCCAGCUCGCCGAACAGCUGCUCCUCGUCCUCGUUCGACGGCAGCGAGAACCAGCACCGCCUGCCCGCGCUGCUGCUCGAGUGCCCCAUUUGCAAGCAGGAGACGCCCCUGGGACCCAAGGGGGUCAAGGGUUUGACCUGCGACUAUAUCGUGACCAAUAUACUGGACCUCUCCAACCUGGAGUCGGAGCACAUUGUGUGCACCUCGUGCAAGAGCAAAGAGGAGGCCAUUUCGCGGUGCAACGACUGCGCUAACUUCCUGUGCAAUGGCUGCGACAAUGCCCACAAGUAUAUGCGCUGCUUCGAGAAUCACCAAGUGUUGCGAAUCGAGGAUCUGACGAAGAACAUCCACGACAAGCUGAUCAUCCACAAGCCGGUGUGCUGCCGCCAGCAUAUAAGCGAGAAUCUCAAGUACUACUGCUUCACCUGCCAGGUGCCCACGUGCAAUGAUUGCCUGCUGAGCGAACACAAGGGCAGCGACCAUCACUACGAGACGGCCUCGGUGGCCGAGCAGGCGGUUCGCGCCGAUUUCGAGCAGACCCUGAGCGAGGCGCUCAAGAAGGCCGACUACUGCAACGAUGCGGGCGGCAAUCUGGGCAGUGCCCUCACGGAGCUCCAGGCGCAGCACGAUACGGUGCGCCAGCAAAUCGAGGAUGCCUACAAAUGCUACAAGCGUAUCCUCGAGUCGAUCAAGGAGCAAAUGCUCAACGAGCUAGGUCGCCUGCACUCGGAUCGCGAGCUCAAGAUCAUGGACCUGAUGCAGAGCAUGGAGAACAACAUGGGCAAGCUGCAGCAGGCGGCGCAAUUCGGCCAGCGGGCCCUCGACAAGGCCAAUGCCAUAGAGUUCCUGCUGCUGAAGCCCGUGAUUAAUGCCCAGUGCGUGAAUCUCAUGGAGCAGACACCCAAAUGCAAUGUCAACUAUCAGCUGCAGUUUGACUCCAAGCCGGAAAAGUUUGAGCAAUUCGCUAGGGAGAUGUUUGGUAAAUUUCAAACGGAUCAGAGUGACUCUAGUCCCAAGAAGCAAGCGAUGGCACAGCAGCAGCAGCAGCAGCAGCAGCAGCAGCAGCAGCAACAACAACAACAGCAGCAGCAGCAACAGCAGCAGCAAAUGCAACAGCAACAGCAGCACCAGCACCACCAAGUGCAGCAGCAACAGGUGCAGCACCAACAACAGCAGCAGCAGCAACAGCAGCAAUUGCAGUUGCAGCAACAGCACAGCUCAAACAAUUUGAUUGUGGGCCAUCGCGGCAGCUCCUCUGUCCAGGGACGCCUGAGCUCUGCCGUAUUCAGCCCCAUCUCGCUGCCCUCCUCGCUGCAGAGUUCCUUCGAUGGCGACACUAACUCGGUGAUGACCAACUUCUCCAUGAUGGACUCACCGCCGCAGCCGCCUUCGCAACAGCAAUUGCCCUCUGCCCAGCAGCAGCAGCAGCAGCAGCAGGCUCAACAGCAGCAGCAGCAACAACAACAGCAGCAGCAGCAGCAGCAACAACAGCAACAACAACAGCAGCAGCAACAGGCAGCGGUGUUGCAGCAGGUGCAACAACAGCAACAGAAGCACCAGCAACACCAAGUGCAGCAGCAACAGCAACAGCUGCACCAGCAACCAUCGGCCCAAUCCAUGCCCCCGCAUGUGGCCCAGCUGGUUGCUCCGCAGGGCAUUGUCCAGCAGGCUGGUCAUGUCAAUCUCAACGCUGGUCCCGGCCCGAAUAUAUCCAUCAACGGCCUGGGCGCCGGUGGUCCACCGCCCAGUUUCAGCAUGCUGGAGUACAAUAUCUCGCGACUUGCCAGCUUGACGGAAACGAUGCCGGACAGCCUCAACGAUGCCCUGGCCGUCGGAGGCGGUGCGCCAGGACCUGUCCCGAAUGUUGCCCAAGUGCCUGGUGGAUCCGUGGCCGUUGCCGGUGGAGCUGUUGUAGGCGCGCCACAUCCGCAUCAGCAGCAACAGCAGGCCGUGAUGCCAGCAUCGGCGGUGACGCCCACGCAGCCCAUUACCCUGGCGGACAUCCUCUCGGGCGACCAGCGGGCGCUCAACAACCUGCAGGCGCUGGCCAAGCUGGGACUCAACAACAAUGACGAUGAUGAUCUUUUGUUGAACGGAUCCUCAACGGGCAUUGAUUUUUUGUCAGAUUUCUGCAUGCCGCCGGCCACAUCGCCCAGCCUGCAGUCCCUCAACCCGAUCGUGGGUGGCGUGGAGGACAUGGGACUCAAUAACUUCCAUGCCGUGGCUGCGCCGGGCACCACCAGUGUGGUCACGGGCCGCAACAAGGCCACCCCGAUGCAAAUCCGCUGCAAAUUCGGCUCCCUGGGCACCGCAAAGGGCCAGUUCAACUCGCCCCACGGAUUUUGCCUGGGCGUCGACGAGGAGAUCAUCGUGGCCGAUACGAACAACCAUCGCAUCGAGGUCUUCGACAAGAUGGGCGCCCUCAAGUUCCAGUUCGGAGUGGCGGGCAAGGAGGAGGGCCAGCUCUGGUAUCCGCGCAAGGUGGCCGUGAUGCACAACAACGGCAAGUUUGUGGUCUGCGACCGUGGAAACGAGCGCUCCCGCAUGCAGAUAUUCUCCAAGUGCGGACACUUUAUGCGCAAGAUCGCCAUCAGAUACAUUGAUAUCGUGGCGGGAUUGGCCGUCACUGCCAAGGGUCAUAUCGUGGCCGUCGAUAGCGUUUCGCCCACCGUGUUCGUGAUCUCCGAGGAGGGGGAAUUGGUCCGCUGGUUCGACUGCAGCGACUACAUGCGCGAGCCCUCCGACAUCGCUAUACGAGACAACGACUUUUACGUGUGCGAUUUCAAGGGCCAUUGUGUGGCCGUCUUCCAGGACGACGGCACAUUCCUCUAUCGCAUUGGCAACGAGAAGGUCACCUGCUUUCCCAAUGGCAUUGAUAUUUCGAAUGCCGGGGACGUGCUCAUCGGUGACUCGCAUGGCAAUCGCUUCCACGUGGCCUGCUACUCCCGUGAGGGCGCCCUCCAGUCCGAGUUCGAGUGUCCCCACGUCAAGGUUUCCCGCUGCUGCGGCCUAAAGAUCACAUCCGAGGGCUAUGUGGUGACGCUGGCCAAGAACAAUCAUCAUGUUCUGGUCCUGAACACCCUCUAUGUUCACUGAUUGCAAAUCAAAGCGCGCAACAAUCGUCCAUCAGUCGAUAUGAACAAAUACAACUACAAAUACUCGUCGGGCAAGAUAUACGGGUGUCGACGGCAGCAGCAAGCAACCAGCAACAGCAAUAGCAAUAGCAAUAGCAACAGCAACAGCAAUAGCAACAGCAACAUCAACCUCUUGGCAAGGACUCAACCUCAACCUCAACCUCAACACUGCAAUAGCAACAGCAACGGCAUCAGUCAAAUGUGCAACAUGAGCAACAUGAGCAACGUGAGCAACAUGAGCAACAUAAGCAACUUGAGCAACAUGAGCAACAUGAACAACAUGAACAACAUGAGCAACAUAAGCCUCAUUUGCAACGGCAGCAACACCAGCAACAGCAAUCAACAGCCGUCGACGACAGCAACAUCAGUCAUGCAAUAGCAACUUUAAGCAAGAAUUAGCAGCGGUUGCGGAAAGGCAUAGCAAGCUAGCUGGAAUAACAACAUUAUUACUACCAGCAAUUGCAACAAUCCAGUUAGGCGUAUAUAUAGGACAAAGUAUAUAUAUGCAUAUGUGCUAGAAGAGGGAAAAGCUAAAUCUCGAAACACCAAAAAUCCUUUUAAACCACAAACGUUGCCGUUUCACGAGCCACACAGCAACUGUAUAAACCAAUAACAAAAUGAUAAACAAAAUGCAACAAAUACUAUUUUUGAUCUCUAAUUUAAAAACAAUUAGCGCUACUACUAAAAACAAACAUCAACAAAUCUAACAAAGAAAAACAAAAAUAUUUUACUUAGUGUAACGAAUAACAACAACAACAACAAGCAAGAGGAGAAAACGAAGGAAAGUGGGAUAUUUUGAAAAUGUUUUUUAAAAACUCUUUUUAAAUUGUUUUUGAUUAUGCUUUUUUCAUUGAAUUUAUGUUCUUGUUAAAAAUUGUCAUACACACUCACACUCACACACACACACACACACACACACACACACACGCCACACUCACACAAACACUACUUUACAUGUUACUUAUUAUCUAUAUAGACAUAUAUAUUGUUAUAUCGACCGAUUAGCUUUUUUGUGCAUACCCUUCCAGAAUCUUUUUCUAAAAAACAAAACAAAAAAAAACGAAACACGCAUAUAUAUAUCUACACCUAGUAUACAACAUCUAUGUAUAUCUAGCAAAAUGUGCAACUUUUGUGCACAGGUUUUUGCUAACAAAUAAGCAAAUAAGGAAGUAAAUCAUUUGUUGAGGGCGUCAUCAGAGGUCGCGUACAGGCAAUAAUUAUAGAAGAAGAUGAAAUCUAAGUAGUUUAUUUUGAUUUCGAAACUGAAACCAAAACACUAAGAUAACAAAAUUCAGAAAACAAAAACUGUUUAGGUUUUUCCUUACGCUGCUUAUAUAAGGUGAUAUCUAUUUAUAUAUAAAUCUAUAUGAAUAUAUAAAAACAAAACAAAACUAUAUAUAUCUUAAACAUAUAUGUGAAAUCCUAUGACUAUAUGACUUUGCCAUAUAAUAUACAAAGCAGGACGACGAGAGAGCAGUAGGGAGUUAGGCAUAGGCAUAGGGAAAGCGAAAGCGAAAGCGAGGGACGAAGGACGAGAGGAGGCAACACACACUACACCCAGAGACCGACCCAGAGAACAUACAUUCGAUAUGUAUCCAACUAAUUGCGUUCUUCACGCCAGCGAUCCAACCAGAACUACAGACAACAAACUCAACAUACAAAUUACUCUGUAAGCUAACAAACCAAACAAAUCGAAUGCGGAUCGCAUUAGGCCAACAACUAUGAUAACUAAAAACAGCAGAGAGACAACAACAAAAAGCGUUAAAAAACCUACAAACCUAUCUGUUAAGUUCUUAUAUACAUUGUUAAACGAAAAACAAAGAAAAACAAAUAUUCCUUUUGCUUAUAUACAAAAAAAAAACAAAUGCAAUACACGCAACACACACAACACACCCACAACAACAACAACAGCAACACUCACGAUUUAUAUUGACGAUAUAACGACAAACAACCAUUUAAGAUGAUAUAUAUGUACGGAUACAUGCAACAUUUCUUUCCCGUUGUAAUACAAUAUAAGGCUGGUUUACUCCCAAGACAUUAUUAUUUAUCUAUAUACAAAAUAACAUUUUUAAUUGUGUGAAUUUUAUCAUGUGAGAAACGAUAGGUAGAACAACAAAGUGGCGUUUUAUUUAGAUGAUUUAGAAGUUGGGCGAGAAAGCAAAGCGAAGCAAGCAACUUAUUUUUAUAGGCUGUAACCACAUUUAUUAUAUACAUCCACAUCAACAACAUCCACACUUAUGUUUACACUACACAUACUCACUUACACAACAUGCAACAUGCAACAUGCAGCAUGCUGCAUAUGCUGCAUAUACAACGAAACGAAUCCUUUGUAUUGUGAAUAAUAUAUCCUGUUCGUUUUCGAUUCCUUUUCAAUGUUUUAAACAGCAGAAAUUAUGUUAAACCCAUUUUUGGUACUCGUGCUGAGAAAAGUGAAGAAAACUGUUUUAAAUCUUGUCAUUUUUUAAUUUGUAAUCCUAGUUUAAGCAUAUACACAACACAAAACCAUGAAAAUCGCGUUUAUGUUCAUGUUAAAUCUUAAGUUGAUACUAAAUAAGCAAAUGUACGAUUAUGUAUACCCUAAAACAUUUGCUUAACCAUCAUUUACUACUGUCAUAUGUGUAAUUACAAUUAUUUUUGUUUAGUUUUUACGUUGUUACGUGUGAGGCUACACAGUUCUGUAUACCUAAUUAUAGUUUAGUUUAAGUGUAAACCUAUGAAUAACUACCACAACCAAUGUGAAACGCUUCUGUUUGUUAUACCACUGAAAUUAUAAACAUUAUAAUUGAUAGAGUAUGUACCCCAAAGUUGUUGAUCGUAGACGAGAAGGUCUUAGAAAGGGAGGAUCGAUUAUGAUUAUGUAUGAUUCUGAGCGAAAGAAAGAGAGAGAGAGAGAGGGUAAAAAAUGCAAUUUUUUGUUAAACAAUUUGGCUGUUGAAAUAUAUAAUUUUUAAUUUAAUUACGUUUUUGCAUUUCGUUUACUGUAACUUAGGCCCCAAGCGAAUGUUAUACUAUGAAUUGAAUUUAUCGCGAAAUCUGUUGGAUUUCGGUUCACUUUCCUUAAACCUUUCCUCUUCCAUUUUCACAUAGAUAUUUUUAUUUUUGUCGCUGCAUUAACUACGGAAGUAUUAAGAGGAAACAUUUUGCUAAAGACAAUGGAAACACUCAAAUGCAAAGUAUACCAAAAGAUUUGUUAUUAAUUUCUUCUCCUAAUCGUGUUUGUAUUUUUUACUUUAUGGUUUUUUAUUUUGACUUCAUAUUUCCUAAUACUUUGUCUUCGUCUUAGGCAACAGAAUUUCUGUAAAACAAAACACAAAAACCAAACUCGAAAACUGUUAUACAAAAAAAAAGGGAUAGACCAACAAAAAAUACUAUUUUACAUUUGUUUAUAGUUUUUAUGGAAAGCCUUCAAAUGAAAUUGUAAUUCCACACGCUUUUAUUUUAUAAACUAAAACCGACACAUAAAGAGGUUAACAUUUAUUAUUAUCUUAAUUUGUGUUUAAUUUUUAUUUCUCUCUCUUUGUUAAAACCACAAAAUGGAAAAAGUCAAUUGUUGCUUUAAAGAAAAUUUUAAAUUUUAAUUUAAGUUCAAUAUGAAAAUGAUAUUAAGUGAAAUUGUAUAUGAUUUUUAUGCGAUGCGAUGCGAUGCGUUUAAGUAGCAAAAAAAAAAAAGAAAAAACAAAACAACUUUUCCACACCAAACACACAAACAAAAACAAAUUUAUUUCCUAUGGCAUACAAAUUUUUAAGUGAAAAAACCAAAUAAACAUAAUGUGCUUAAGUUUAAAUCAAAUUUACAAUUUAGUUGAGAUUACGCAACUUAACGACGAUAACAUUUUACUAACUACGUAUGAACUAUAGGAUUUCUAGCGAAAAUAUAUAUAUAUUUACAACCUGUAUAUAUUCGUAUUAUGUAUACAGUUAUGUACGAUUAGCGAAUGGCCCAGAAAGGGGGCGUGGCCAGGAGAGGGGCGGUACUACCACUAGUCAGUGACAAACACCAAUUACUAACUACCAAUUACUAACCCGAACGAACUGGAAAACGAAACGGAAACGGAAAUAGUGAUUGGAAAUAACACGGGGCGGAACAUGGACUUUAGGACGCUUUUGGACAAAUUGCCAUUUUACAUUUACAUUUAACCAACUUAACCGACUGACGAAAUUUGACCAAGACCGCCCCCUGCCACCCCCUUCUCCGCCCCCCCGCCACCCACUGCGCUUUAAUUUUCAAGGCCGAAAGCUGCAACAAGCAAUAAAAAAACAAAACCACAAAUGUUAAAAUGAAAACGAAAACGAAAAAUGUAACGAAACUAAUCGUGUGAGGAAUGAGAUAUUUUCUUAGUUGCCUACUGUUUAUAAUGUGACAAAGUGAAAGCUUUCCACCUCAACUCUUUACAUCUAUAUUAUAUAUAUCUACGUAUAUCGAAAUCACAUGUACUGUAUUCAAAUAUAUAUAUAUAUAUAUAUUAAUUUUCGAUUCGUAUUCCCCUGUACUUUAUGGUUUUUACUUUACUUUGAUCUACUCAGCGAAUGUGCAAGUGAAUGUGGAGAAGAUCCAAACAAAUUGUGUACAACUAAUUAGGAAAUACUUAACUUUACACAUGUUUCUCAAUCACUUGAUAUAUAGUUACUUUAAUUCCUAAUCGACACGCAUAUUAUAUUAUAUAGCUAUGUAUACCUACCUAUAUAUAGUCGAAAAAAAUUGGCAAGAUCAAAGCGAGAAAUCAAGCGAACGAAGGACACGAACCUUUAAAUAAAGAUGCUGCCAAAGAUUUUUAUACAAUCGAUGUGGGAAAAUUAGGAGAGAUGAAAGAGGAGUUAUUACAAAGUAAAAUAUUACAUAUUGUCCACCUUAUUUUUACGUUUAUUAUUUGAUUAGUUCGAUCAAGUGUAUUAAUUUUGUUCUGUUCUUUCUGUGGUAAAAAAUAAAUGAAUUGGAAAACAAAAGCGAGAGAUAUUUUUGAGACUUUUGCUCAAAAGAAAACCAAAAAAAUGUAAAUGUAAAGCAGCGCUAUUAACUGAAACUAAUUAACGAUAUCGAUAUAGUACAGUAUUUCCAGCUGGAUUUGUUACAUAAUUUGUUCCUCGAUGCGACGCUUAAGAAAAAACCAAACAGAUUCGUGCGGAUAUAGGACAUAUAACACUAUACAUAUACGAUAUACAUAUUGAAAGUGAGGAUACAUAUAGAGAGAGUCGGGUAUAUAUGUAGAGGGGUAUUCACAUCAGACAAGGUCGAUGGUUUAGUUAACUACACACCACACACACUGCUACACACAAUGCCUCCUGAGCCACCAGCCACCCACAAAACGCCCACUACGCCCACAAACACCCACCCCCCCCCCCCCCCCCCCCCCCCCCCCCCAUGGUUUGCCCAUAUUUAGUAGUUCGUGCGUCUUGCAUCAUAAUUGCAUUUAGUUAAAUUCCGAGACAAGAGCCACAAGUAACAUAAAUCGAAAGUAAAACAAACAAACAAACAAAAAACAAAAGAAAAACCAACCCAAACAAACGCUUUAUACAUCAAAUUAUUUUAAUAUAAAUGUAUAACAAAACAUAUAUCUAUAUAUACAUAUACAAGCAGACAUAUACAAAACGACAACAAAUAUAUUAUGUAUUUUAUUUAAAGCGAGAAAACAUUUUUUAAGGAGGUCUCUCUGGUCCAGAGAACCCAUUCAGAUAAAGGAACUCAACCUAUAAGACAGUCCCCGUUAAAAAAGAUAGGAGACGUGCGAGGAAAACAAAAAACAAAAAACCAAAACAAAUUUACUAAAUUAUUUAUACAUGCGUACAUAUACUUACAUAUAUGUAAAAACAAUAAUUGAUAGAAACCAAAACAACAGAAAUACAAUCUAGUGUACGUCAAUUUUUUGAUGAUAUUUUUCGCCUUAUUAUAGACAAACAAAAUGAAAUCGAUGGAAAACCAAUUCGAAGUAAAGUUAGUUGAAACCGGGGGGUUAUUAUCCCCGGCUUCCAGUAGGAAUACCAAGAAAGAACACUUUUUAAUAAAAGCAGAACAAUUUUUUGGGAUUUAUUUGCGGAGAUCACAUGUCAAGUUGACAACAAGAAAAUGAACACUAAACGACAAGCAAUCAAUUACCAAAAAGAAUUAUAUAUAUAUUAUACGGAUAAAUCAUUAAUAACAUUAAGCGAUGGAAACUGAACGAAAAAAAAACAAAAAAAACCAACAAUAUGUAAUCAAAAGCAAGUUUACAAUACACACACGACACUCUAACAACCAAACAUUAUCAAAAAAAAAAAACAAACUGGAAACUCAAAGCAAGCAAAUCAAUUAAACACGUUUCUAAAUCGAUCUAAAGACAUUUUAAAUCUAACAGAAAACCAUGAAAACUAGACCCAAAAUUUGAUUUGCCUGCUAUAAGUAAUGGAGAAAACAAACAAGUUCCUCAACUUUAUGAUUUAUGAUUUAUGAUAUAUGAUUUAUGAAUUUACAUUUAAUUUUUUUUUUCCUUUAAACCUUAAUUUAUUUCUUGUAAUAUCUUAACUCACGAAACAAUUGUUGAUAAUAUUGAGUUGUGUUCAGCCUAUGUGAAUUAUGUGAACGAUAUAUAUAUUUAUAUGUAGGUCAAAUAAUAUAGAACACCAGGGAUCAAAAGGUACUCCCCCUACUUUGUGAAAACCCCCAGAAAUAAAAGAUGAGCCGAAAAGAAUUUAAAAACAAUAUACUGAACAUUAUCGCCUUUGUUUUUCCUUGGUUCUUAACACACAUCACACAUUUUGGUACCACUCAGGCUUUGUAUCUGUAUCUUGCCUAAAAUCUCUGUUCAGAUAUUGCAUUUAAGUCAUCGACCAUUUAACGCUUUCCGCUUGAACUUAAUGUUUAGAAAAUAUUUUAAAAAAAAUAUGUAGAAACCAAUAAGAGAGGCUAAAAAUGUAAAAACUCCCUGGUCGAGUUGUUGUGUUAAAUUUGCGUACAUAUCACUGGGAAUUAUUUACACUAUGCUACAAAAAACGAAAAACGAAAAGCGAAAAAGGGAAAACCAAAAUGAAAAUAAGAGAUUUUUUGCAUAAUGUUUACACACUAUGCCGAUAUUUAUACACCACAAUGGGGAUAGGUUUGUCGAUUUGGUUCCCACACCCCUGGUUUUUUCUUCGAUCGAUUGUUGCUCACCUUUUUUGUCAGUGUGUGUGUGUGUCUUGUGCGUGCGAAUGAGUGUGUAGUGUUUUUGAAUAUAUAUCUAAGCGCAUAUGUCUUAUAGAGGAAACCACACAGAAACUAAAACUAUAGUGCCAUGAUUUACGAUAGAAAACGAUAAACGAAAAACGGUUUAGAGUAAGGAAGCGAAAAAGAUAAAAAUUGUUUAUUGAUGUGCUGUAACAUUUAGUGAGUCCUUUUUUGACAACCGACAAAACCAAGUAACAAAUUAAAAAAAACAAAAAAUAUUAUAUACAUAAAUAUUUACUAGUUUAUAGCGAAAAAAUCAAGUUAGAAUCAACAAAUUGCAAUACAAAACGAAAACGAACAUGAAAUCGAAAACGAAAUAGGAAUAAAAGCUUUUCGUGUUUGGGCCAGAUGGAAGCUAUGUACGUAUUAUCUACGAUAGGAUCGGAUCGAAAUGGAAAUGUUAGGGGGAGCUAAGCGGCAGGAUACCAUAUGAAAACAGAAGCAAUUAGAAAGCUUUUAUUUUUCUAGAAUUUUAAUACCAAAACCGAACAACAAGGAAACCAGAAACUAAGCUAAUGAACAAGAAAACCAACUUCCUAAUUUCUCUCAGCGCAAAUACAAAAAACAAAAAAACAAAAAGCAACAAUUUAAAUUAACAAAUACAUUAACUAACUAGUAGCAUACGAAAUGGCAUGGGAAUACCAAAGACAAUUGGGUAUCAAUAUACUAGUUGUAGAACCAUAGAGCAAUAAUAUUAUAGCAAGUAAUGCCGAGUGAAACAAUUUGAGAACUCAAAUUGUCUCUGGGGUAAGAGAACCGUUCAACAUGUGGCAUGUACCCCAAAAAACCCAACAUUUUUAUGUGUAGCGAUAUUAUGGAAAACAAAAUUUACACAACUAACAAUAACAACACAUUUAUACAUAGCUCGAUAAUAACAAUAUAUAUAUAUAUAUAUAUAUGUAUAUUCGAAUUAAGAUAUGACCAAAAAACAAAACCAAUAGAAACCGAAAACUUUUGCGCGCCUUGGCAAAUUUUUAAGUAAUAUAUAUAUACUAUAACAAAAGAAAACGAAGAAACUAAAUGUAGAUACCAAUUUAGAGGGCAGGAAAAUCCAGAUCGGAGCGAGCUACACUGCAAGAAACACUAAAAUCACACACACACACACACACACGAAACGCAUAAAUUAGACAACGAUGUAUUGGAAAAAUGGAUAAUGAAAGUGAAAAACGUAAAAUGUAAAAUGUAAACGGUGUGUGGGCAGCAUGGCCAAGGCCCUCGGGAUCCUCCAGAAUACGCAUAGAUUAUCCAAUCCCUAUAGAGAUCAAAUAAUCGACAUUUCAAGCAAACGUAAUGCAAACCCAAUAAACAUUAACGAACAAAUUCCCUGUGUUGUCAAAUGGCUUUAAACAAAUGAGAAACCAAAUGAAUAAUGGAAAACCAAAACCAAAAACCAGAUACAGAUACGAUUUGUAAUCCAUAAGCAGAUAUUUUGUAAGGUAGCGAAGUUUGCAAUAACAUUUUUGGGGUCGAGUGCAGGAACACAACAACAAUAUUUUUGGGCACCAAAUAUACAGUCAACUUAUUGUAUUGCAUUACGAUUACGAUUACGAUUACGAUAUUUAUACAUAUACUACCUAUAUAGGACUACGGAUGAUAAAAAUCAAUUGGACGAGUAUGAUAAUGAAAAAUACGGUUUUCCAGCAGAUCGAAGACGAAGAAAACGAUAGCAAAACCAAAAAAAAAAAACAAACAAACAUAUUACCAUUAGAAUGUUUUAUGAAUUAUAUACACCUUAUAUACAUGAUAUAUACAUGACAUAUACAUGUGUACUUUAGCCGAUAAUAACGAUAAGAUGUUGAAUGAAUUUUAUGUGAGUUAUUUUUGAUGUUGUAUAGUUAAAAACAAAAAACGAAAAACAAACCAUUAACAAACCAAAACAAUCUCCCUUUAAGCAACCAAAGCGAAAAACAAACAAUUGUUGGGCAUUUUAAUUAAACUAAAAAAAAAUACAGAGUGCAAUACAAUAAAAAAAAAUACAAAAAAAAAAGUAAAAACCAUGUAAGAGAAAGGGCAAACUCAAGGCACAGCAAACAUUUUUUCGAGCAGAUCGAACCGAUAUAUGUUUACCCAAAACUAUUCAACAGGAUUUUUGAACUUUCUUUGAGAAUAGAAAAACAAAACUAAAAGAAGCUGCCUCAAAAGUAAAAAUUGAAUUAACUUAAAAUUUACUAAGCAAAUAUAUAUACACAUAUAUAUUUCAUAUGGACAGUGGGCGCCAAAAGUAGCCACUGUGGAUAUUUAAACUCGAACAAAUGGAAUUUUACCAAGCAAAAAACCAAAAAACAAAUAACGAAGAAAGCUAAACUUAAAAAAAAGAACACCAAAACACAAAUGAUUUAAACAAAUUUACAUCAAAACAUAAGUAUUUGUAUCUUCGUUUUUUUUUUGUAGGGCAGCAUUUAGUUAAUAGCACAAGGGUUAAAGGGCAAACACCAAUAAUUAAAGAAAUUAAAGUAAAAAUGAAAGAAAAAAAACAAAA